AUGGCUCAUUCAGACUCCGACGAAGGCGGCGUGCGCAUCAAGCGCCAGAAGGUGAAGAAGACCGAGUCGGAUCCCCGGCAGAACCCCUACCUCGCCCACAUGUACGCCGAUGAGACUCCCAGCGGCGUGGCGGACGGACGCUCUGCGUUUGCCGGCUUCGAGAGACAUAAUACCACCGCUGCGCAGGCCGAGAAGGUCGAGGAUGGUGAGACCAACCCGUUCACCAACGAGCCUUUCUCCAGCAAGUACUUUUCGAUCCUCAAGACUCGUCGCGAUCUGCCCGUUCAUGCCCAACGUGAUGAGUUCCUUCGGUUAUACCAACAGUCUCAAAUCCUGGUGUUUGUUGGUGAGACUGGUUCUGGAAAGACCACCCAGAUCCCGCAGUUCGUCAUCUGGGAUGACCUUCCCCAUACCCAACGAAAACUCGUGGCCUGUACUCAGCCCCGUCGUGUGGCCGCCAUGUCGGUUGCUCAACGUGUCGCGGCCGAGAUGGACGUGAAGCUAGGUGAAGAAGUCGGUUACAGUAUCCGUUUUGAGGACAUGACCGGCCCCAAGACCUUCCUGAAGUACAUGACCGAUGGUAUGCUGCUGCGGGAGGCGAUGCACGACCACGACCUCACGCGCUACAGCACAAUCAUUUUGGAUGAAGCUCACGAACGUACCAUGGCCACGGAUGUCCUUAUGGGUCUGCUCAAGGAGGUGGUUCAACGUCGGCCCGAUUUGAAGAUCAUCAUCAUGUCUGCCACUCUGGACGCUCAGAAGUUCCAACGGUAUUUCAACGAUGCCCCUCUGCUGGCUGUUCCCGGGCGAACUCACCCUGUCGAGAUCUUCUAUACCCCGGAGCCGGAGAGGGACUAUGUUGAGGCCGCUGUUCGUACCGUGCUCCAGAUCCACGCCACAGAACCGGAAGGCGAUAUCCUUCUGUUCUUGACUGGUGAGGAGGAGAUCGAAGAUACUGCUCGGAAAAUCUCUCUCGAGGCGGACGAGAUGAUGCGCGAAGCAGAUGCUGGGCCUAUGAAGGUCUACACUCUUUAUGGUAGUCUUCCGCCACACAUGCAACAGCGCAUCUUCGAGCCCGCGCCCGCGCCCCGCCGGCCCGGUGGCCGCCCUGGUCGGAAGUGUAUCAUCUCCACCAACAUCGCAGAAACAUCGCUUACCAUCGACGGUAUUGUGUAUGUCGUGGACCCGGGCUUCUCCAAACAGAAUAUCUACAACCCGCGCAUCCGCGUGCAGUCGCUCCUGGUAUCCCCCAUCUCCAAGGCGUCCGCGCAGCAGAGAGCUGGUCGUGCCGGUCGUACUCGCCCGGGCAAGUGUUUCCGCCUAUAUCCCGAAAGCGCCUUCAAGAAGGAGCUGAUCGACCAGACCUACCCGGAAAUUCUCCGUUCCAACCUGUCGUCGACCGUCCUGGAGCUGAAGAAGCUGGGGAUCGAUGACCUGGUGCAUUUUGACCUGAUGGACCCCCCGGCGCCAGAGACCCUCAUGAGAGCGUUGGAGGAACUGAACUAUCUGGCUUGUCUCGACGAUGAAGGCAACCUGACGCCUCUGGGACGUCUCGCGUCAGAGUUCCCCCUCGAUCCUGCCCUCGCUGUGAUGUUGAUCAGCUCGCCCGAGUUUUACUGUUCGAACGAGAUCCUCUCCAUCACCGCGCUGCUCUCUGUGCCGCAGGUCUUUGUCCGACCUGCCCGCGAACGGAAGCGCGCCGAUGAGAUGAAGAAUCUCUUCGCCCAUCCGGAUGGCGACCACUUGACGAUGCUCAACGUCUACCAUGCCUUCAAGAGCGCUGAUGCGCAGGCGGACCUCAGGCAGUGGUGUCACGACCAUUUCCUCUCCUUGCGGUCGCUCCAGUCCGCCGACAACGUGCGGUCUCAGCUGCUUCGGAUCAUGGAGCGUGAGGAACUUGAGAUGAUCUCAACACCCUUUGAAGACAAGAAGUACUACGAGAACAUCCGGCGCGCGCUUUGCGCAGGUUUCUUCAUGCAGGUCGCCAAGAAGGAGAGCCAGGGCAAAUCGCAGUACAUGACGGUCAAGGACAACCAAAACGUCCUCCUGCACCCGUCCACUGUCCUCGCCCACGAUGCUGAGUGGGUGCUCUACAAUGAGUUCGUCCUCACGACCAAAAACUACAUCCGCACAGUGACGGCUGUCAAGCCCGAAUGGCUAUUGGACAUCGCCCCGGCCUACUAUCAUAUCCCCUCGUUUGAAAACCGUGAGAUCAAAUCCGCCCUGCUUCGUGCCGCCGAGAGGCUGUCACGAAAGGAGAAGAUGCGCAGUGAUUCCGGACGACGAAGAUAG